AUGGAAGAGGAAUAUAUGGUGUCCGGGGAUGGAUGGAUUUCAGAUGACAGCAGUUUCUAUGGCACAGAGGAGGAGCAACAGCAUCAAAGACGGCGCUGUGCAAAGUAUGAUGUGAAAUCGCUCUGGCGUGCUCGCUCCAAUGAUAUCAACGUCAUCACGAUGAAUGCGAGGGCUCAGCUCCUUGCAAAGCCUACUUCCAACAACAGCGCAGCGCCGUCCAAGAGAGGGGAGUGGGGAACAUCACCGGUUACACAAGAUCAGACAUGCAAGAAACCUAGUUCCUAUCACAAGGACUUGGCGCAGGAGCAUCUUUUAACGUCAAACAAGCGUAAGCAAGAGUCAUCAUCAGAACAAUCAUCCAAGCCUGAGUUGUUCAAUCGGCUACAAGGGCAACUCGAUGCGUGGCAACUAGGCGAAUCUGUGGAUGACUUUAUACGCCGCCUUCCACCACUGACCACCCCCAUCUCCAAAUGUCCCUGGAUCUGGGCUGAGAAUCCUCAUCGCAACCCUCACGACAAGCCGCCAUAUCCCAAUGUUGCUGACUUCACGAAUCGCGGCAUGCAACUGCUCCACGAGUCUUUAGAGAGUCGCCAUAAGAUCCAUGAGCUAGGUGCUACACAACCAAAAGGAAGCGUGACCAAAAAGCUCAGUCAAGAAAGCGACUCCUUGCAGGCGUGCAUCGCUAGCAUAGCGAAAGACACUCACGUUCUCUCUGGAAAAUGGAUGUUAUUCCCCAAAUCUGUCGAUGUUACCCGAGUUUGGAAACAGAUCGUAGCAGGUGUCAUCGAAAACCGACUUGGCUCUGGCUGCAAAGUGGCAACAGAUGAUGGAAAAGAGGAACGGCUGAUCUGUGUCUACACCAAAGACUUUCAAGAUACUCAAGAUGUUCUUCGAGUACUCCGAGAGCUGGAAAACAUGGGCUUGCUCUCUGCAGGCCGACCUAUCUACUACAAGCCUGAUGCCUAUACUUACCUGGAUCUCAGGCGCGAAAAUGCAGCCGAGUACGGACUGCAAGCGAGUCUUUAUAAUUCCCGCUCAAUGUUGGCUAACAGCAAAGGGACCAAGUUAUCUCCCCGAACCCAGAAGAAACGGGGUAUACUUGAUGGCUAUUUCGGAUCGUGA